GCCAUUACAUUGUUUCCAACAUGCACGAGCAAAAGGGUAUUUGCCCCCAGAAACCCUCAUAAGGAAAUGUUCGGAACAUCUCACGAUAACGGAAUGUAAUCAUGCCAAGGCUGUGUCUGAUGGUGCGUGGAUGAGGUCCAGUUUUACAUAUCGCCUGUCCCCGCCACAAUCCCUACCCUAUUCCACCCUUGACACUUGCCGCCUGCCACCUGCGGCAUUGCCCAGGUACUGUGCUUCUUCGCUUCCCUCCCUCCUUGCCUUCCCUCCUUGUCCCUUUUUUGCGUCCCUUUUGUACCUAUCCAAGACGCACGACGCCCCCAUCCCCGACCAACCUACCAACCUCGCUCCCUUUCCUUCUGAAGUCCCUGCUUUGAGUGGAUGGCUCCCUGCGACGUUGGAUUGUGAGACGAGAAGACGCCUCACACGGGAAGCGACGAGACCACCUUUCGAUUCGGAUUACCGGGGGUACGUUUACGCCGUCGAAAUUCGAGAGCCUACGUCCACACCUACGACGACAUACACAAUCAAAAUUGGUUACUCAACGAACGUGUAUACCAAUAUUGUUGUAAAUUGGCAAAAGACACAUCGUUCGAAGAAGGUUACACUUAGAGGAUGUUGGCCUGGUGGAUUAGUGUUAGAUGCUGAUCGAAUGGAUGGUCUUACGCUUAAGGAGGAUAUCACCAAGUCUAAAAAGUGCCGAUUUUCAGCAAAACUUGCCAGAUUGAUCCAAAUUGAGUUGUCGCCUUUGGAGACCCUGUCGAAGGAAUGUACAGAUUGCCAGAAAACACAUUGCAACAUGUACAUUUUUGAAGAAACCCCAGAAUUAGGUGACCAAUCGUGGGAAGGAACCAUCGUACCCGUUAUCGAAAGGUGGUGUCGAUAUGUGAAUGAGUGCAUGAAGUACGAGUAAUCGGACUGGGAGCUUUUUCUUCUUUCUUCUUUGUCCCUCUUCCCGCGUGCACUGUGAAGUCCGCUCGGUUGGGUUCACGUCUUUUGGGCUUUUUUUUUUCUGCUUGGAGCCGGGUUUUACGCCAGCAUCAGCACCACCAGGUGGCGUGGCAUUGUAUAUCCAUGGGGGAACUACGAUAGCUUGCUUACUUAGUUGACGAAUCUGUAUCAUCUUCCUAUUUUUCUUUUUCAGUCUGGGAUGUCUUUGGCGUGCGAUUGCUUUUCGCCUUCAUGUUGCUUCCCGAGCGUCAGUUUUGUAGUAUCGCCCGUUCAGCCUGCCUAGUUUAAUGGCCCCCCUUAUCUGUUCUUAGUAUCAUCUCGUUCCAUGUGCUGUUUUAUCCCUUUCCCACUUCAUUACGACCUUCAUGUCACAAUAUGAGAUUUGGACGUUUACCUGUUGGCAUCGGCCGAGGGUGCGAAUGGCUUUUGGAUGAUAUAUAAAAC